ACGCUUGUUUGAAGCGUCAAACAAAUUUAAUGUUUAUAUCCUGAAAUAAAGUUGUCGAAUAAGAAAUAUUGUUAAAAAAUAUAAAUAAUUUGUGAAUAUAAGCCUGCUAUAUCAUCACAAGCUUUUGCUCCUGUUUUAGAUGACUCUCGGACGUAAAUAUCAAAAUUCUUCCGGGAAUGCUGGGGAGUCUCGUAAGGUCUAUGCUAAUCAGUCGAAGGUUGGGACUCUAUCAGGGUGCUCGUCCUCAAUAUCACUAUCAGACAUGAUUGAACCUCCGGAUUAUGAAGAGGUCUGCGAUCGCCUCAUGGGUGAUCAGGACCCAUUGGCAUACCCAACCAAUGACAUUGAGCUGGUGACAGUUCCUCGCAGAAUACGAACCCUGACCCACAUCUUGCCAGAUGAAGACCUUUCAAAAGCGUCCAUGUUCGUCCGCGACUGCAUCAGCUGUUACACGUCAGACUACACUGUAGUUGAAUAUAAGUAUCGCACGUACUCCGGCUCUGCGUACGGCAGGGAGCGGCUGGCUGAGAGGAUCGAGAGGUUGCUGCAAGCACCGCCGCAGGUGUAUGAGGUGGACGCUGAACAGUCGACGUCCACUGAGGAACUGGCGUUGCAGCAGCUGUCCCUCCAAUUCGAGUCUCAACCGUCCAGCGGCCGCCAAUCCGUGGCCUCCAUAUCAUCAUCAUCAUCGUGCAACGAGACGCUCACACCUCGCGGCUCGUGGGCCAGCCUGGAUCUGCGCAGCUCAUCAUCAGACCCACUGUUACCAGAUCUGUUCGAGAAGAAGCCACAGGAACAGAUAGAUGCUAUUAAUGAGGCAAGACGGCUGGAGAGCAGACAGUCCGAUCUGCUCGGUCUAUACGCGCCGUACCUGGACGAAGAGGAUGCGGUGGAGCGGCGACUGGCCGCGGAGAUGCCGUGCGAGCUGAUGGGUCGCAGGAUCCUUGUCGUGUGCCAUCAGCUCAAGUUGGAACUGGACGUGGAACCGCUCUUCGCGUCCAUGGCGCUCUACGACGCGAAGGAGAAGAAGAAACUGUCGGAGAACUUCUACUUCAACCUGAACUCGGAGUGCACCAGGCAGAUGCUGUCCGCCCACAUCCCGCACGCUGAUCUCUCGACGCUGAGCCGCAGCGCUGUCUUCGACAUACUGAACCCGUCGCCGGAUAUAUUCCUCGUCGUCCGAGUAGAGAAGGUGCUGCAGGGCGACGUAAAUGAGUGCAUUGAGCCGUAUAUCAAGGACGAUAAGAACCGCGAGAAAGUCCGCGCAAGCGCACAAGCGGCGUGCACGCGGCUCGGCAAGUUCCGCAUGCCGCUCGCUUGGAGCGCCGUGUCUUUGCUUAACAUACUAUCCGGGUCUAAUAGCCUGGAACGGGAGUCGGAUAAGGAUAACAAUUCCAAUACUAAUAGCCUGGACCGCAAAGCGUCGUCCAGCAGCCUGGAGCAGCUGCGGCGGCGCGCGGGCGAGGUGGGCGGCUCGCUCACCCGCAAGGGCUCCGUGGAGCGGAGGGCCAACGCGCAGGACCACGACCUGUCCAACACCUUGGACACCUUCAAGCCCAUUGUCAUCACUGUCACCAGCUUUUUUAAACAGGAAACGGAUAAGCUACGCGACGAAGAUUUAUACAAGUUUCUCGCUGAAAUAAAGCGGCCGAGUUCAGCGCCGAAGAAACUGAAAUGCAUCCCUGGAACCUUGAAGAUCGAAGUGUCCCCGUGUCCAGAAGAGAUCAAGAAUGGUUUGACCCCAGAGCUGGCUAAACUGGCUCCAUAUGGAGACGACAACGUCCGUCCCUGCAAGGAGAUCCUCCCGUUCCCCACGGUGGUGCCGGCCCAGCCCCACCACCACUACCGCAGCCUGCUCUACGUGUGCGUGCGCGACAUCAAUCUCGCUGCGUACACGUCACGGACCGGGUCUGCAAGGAACAUCACGGUGAGAGUCCAGCUCAUGUCCGGUGAGGAUCAGUCAGCGGCGUUGCCUAACAUCUUCGGAAGAAGCUCCUGUCCAGAAUUCAGCACUGAGGCCUACACCACAGUAUUGUAUCAUAACAAGAGUCCGUCUCUCUACGACGAGAUCAAGAUCAAGCUGCCAGCUGACCUGGGCGACCAUCACCACCUGCUGUUCACGUUCCUGCACGUCGCGUGCCAGCGGAAGCCGGUCGCGCCGGAACAGGAGAAAAACGUGGAAACACCUGUUGGGUAUACGUGGCUGCCGCUGUGCCGCAACGGCAAGCUGUCGUGCGGCGAGCACGCGCUGCCGCUGAUGGCGGAGGCGCCGCCCGACAACUACUCCUACAUCUUCCCCGACGUGCUGCUGCCCGGCACGCGCUGGAUCGACAACCACCGCCCGCUCUUCGGCGUGGCGCUCGACGCCUGCACCACGGUGCACCCGCAGAACAUGAACGAGUGCGCGACGUGCGACGCGCACGGGCGCAGCGGGCUGCUGAGCACGUACAUCCAGUACCAGUGCCGCGUGCCGCGCCCCGCGCUCUCCGACACCGACGUCGGCCUGCCGCUGCCGCCCUCUGUAAUGACUGACGGUUCGUGCAAAAUCUUGCACGAAGAAAUAGCUCUGCAAUGGGUCGUUGCCAGUGGAGUAACGCGGGACUUGGCUAUGAGUAACUCUUGGACGCUGUUCGAGCUGAUGGUGAAGUCCAUGGUGGAGUACCUGUACUGGAGCGGCGCGCACGAGGCGCCGCGCAAGGCGCGCUUCCCGGAGCACUUCACGGAUGACGUGUCUACACUUGUCACUAAUGUCACUGCUGAGAUUAUUGCCAAAUACGGCAAGAACAGCCGCCUCACGCAGAGCCUCAACAACAGCCUGGCGUUCUUCCUGUUCGACUUGCUCAGCAUCAUGGACCGUGGAUACGUGUUCAAUCUCAUCCGGGGUUACCACAAACAGAUGUCCGCCAAGAUCUCCUCCGUGCCCGAUGCUGUGCCAUUGGUGCAUUAUAAGCUGUCGUUCCUGCGCAUCGUGUGCUCGCACGAGCACUACGUGUCGCUGUGCCUGCCGGCGGGCGGGGGCGCGGGCGGGGGCGCGGGGGCGCGCGCCAGCUCGCCGGCGCCCUCGCUGCGCUCCUCCGCCUCGUCGGACGGCCGCGCCGCCGGCCUGUCCCCCGACUUCCGCUCCAGGCACUACCUCGUGGGGCUGCUGCUGUCCGACCUCACCGCGGCGCUCGAGCUGCAGAGCCCCGUGCUGCAGUGCGCGGCGGUGGGCGCGGUGCUGUCGCUGCUGGCGGCGCACGACGCGGACGCGCGGCUGGCGCCGGCCGCGCUGCGCGCGCGCGUGGCCGCGCUCUACCUGCCGCUGCUGGCCAUCGUGCUGGACGCGCAGCCGCAGCUCUACCGCGGCUUCGACGCCAGCAAGGAAAUAAUUCAACUGGAUGGUGAUCUGGGACAGUUGGGCAGUUUAUAUCCUGCAUCUUCGCCGGAAGGAGAUUUCAAGCAGAACGGGCGGCCGCCGUUCAACAGCGAGACGAGCCGCAACCUGCUGGUGUGCCUGGUGUGGGUGCUGAAGUGGGCCGAGCGCGCCGCGCUCAGCGCCGCCGUGGCCGACCUGCCGCCCGCCCGCCUGCACGCGCUCUUCGCGCUCAUCGACCUCUGCUUCAACAGCCAAGAUUACAAGGGUCGUAAGGAAAUAAUGAAAUGUGCGCAGCAGAACGUCCGCAAAACGACCGAUAUCAAGGCUAAGUUGGAAGACGUCAUAUUGGGACAGGGCUCGGCGAGAUCGGACUUCAUUAUGCGCCGAAAAGGCGGGGCAGGCGGCGCAGGGGCAGGCGGGGCGAGCGGGCGCGCGGGCGGCGCGGGCGGGCGCGAGCGCUGGCGCAAGGAGUGGGUGCGCGGCGGGUCGCGCUCGCGCGCCGCGUCGCCCGCGCGCGCGCAGCCCGCGCUGGCCGCGCAGCUCGCCGCCGAGGUGUCCAUGACCCUGCUGCACGCCGUCGAGACCAUCGUGCAGUCGUGCAGCGGGUCGGACACGGCGCAGGCGGCGUGCAGCGGCGCGCUGGGCGUGGUGCUGCGCGCGCUGCAGCGCAACCAGAGCGCCGCCGUGCUGCACCACAUGUUCGCCACGCUGCGCUCGCUCAUACACAAGCUGGGCUGGUCGUGCUGCUCGGAGGAGUGGGGGCCGGGCGUGUGCCGCGUGCUGCUGCGGCACUGCGGCGCGCCGGCGGGCGGCCCGCGCGCGCACGCCGCCGCCGCGCUCUACGCGCUCAUGCGCCAGCACUACCACCUCGGCAACAAUUUCAGCCGCAUCAAGAUGCAGGUGACGAUGUCUUUGUCCUCACUGGUGGGCACUUCGACCACGUUCAGCGAAGAGUCUCUGCGACGAGCUCUCAAAACGGUGCUGAUGUAUGCGGAGCACGAUCAGGACCUGCAGGACACCGGCUUUCCUGAACAGGUGAAAGACCUAGUGUUCAACCUGCACAUGAUCCUGAGUGACACUGUGAAGAUGAAGGAGUUCCAGGAAGACCCUGAGAUGCUGUUGGACCUCAUGUACCGCAUCGCUCGCGGCUACCAGCACAGCCCUGAUCUCCGUCUCACCUGGCUUAAUAAUAUGGCUCAAAAGCAUAUGGAGCGCUCAAACCACCUGGAAGCUGGCAUGUGCCUGGUGCACGGCGCAGCGCUGGUGGCGGAGCAGCUGCGAGCCGGCGGGCGCGGCGCCGCUCUGCUGGAGAAGGUCACCCACAACGCGCUCGACGAGAGCUGCCCCGACCUGCAGCUGCCGCACCACCACCUCACGUGCCAGGAGCUGCAGGCGUUGUUAGAGCACGCGGCCAGCGAGCUGAUGGCGGCCGGCAUGUACGAGACCGUCAAUGAGGUGUAUAAAGUGCUGAUCCCCAUCGCAGAGGAGAACAGGGACUAUAAGAAGCUCGCCAAUAUUCACAGCAAGCUGAGCGAGGCGUUCAGCCGCGUGGAGCAGCUGCACGGCAAGCGCGUGUUCGGCUCGUACUUCCGCGUGUCGUUCUACGGCGCGCGCUUCGGCGACCUCAGCGGCGAGGAGUUCGUGUACAAGGAGCACGCGCUCACCAAGCUGCCCGAGAUCUUCAGCCGCCUCGAGAACUUCUACGGGCAACGUUUCGGGCCCGAGAACGUGGUGAUCAUAAAGGACUCGAACGUGGUGGACCCGAGCACGCUGGCGGCGGACAAGGCGUACAUACAGAUCACGUACGUGGAGCCGUACUUCGAGCCGCACGAGCUGCGCGCGCGCGUCACGCACUACGAGCGCAACUUUAACAUCAAGCGGUUCAUGUACGCGACGCCGUUCACGGCGGACGGGCGCGCGCACGGCGCGCUGGGCGAGCAGUGCAAGCGCAAGACCAUCCUCACCACCGCGCACCACUUCCCCUACCUCAAGACGCGCAUACAGGUCGUUCAUAGGACUCAAAUAAUCUUGUCUCCCAUCGAGGUUGCCAUUGAAGACAUACAGAAAAAGAUAAGCGAGUUAUCAGCCGCGACGAGUCAAGAACCGGCGGACGCUAAGAUGUUGCAAAUGGUGGUUCAGGGCUGCAUCGGGACCACCGUCAACCAGGGGCCGCUCGAACUGGCGCAGGUAUUCUUGGCUCCAGUAGCCGAGGGCACUCAGCCACCAACUAGACUCACAAACAAAUUGAGGCUGGCCUUCAAGGACUUCUCGAAAAAGUGCCAGGACGCGCUGAAGAAGAACAAGAAUCUGAUAUCGAGCGAGCAGCGCGAGUACCAGCGCGAGCUCGAGCGCAACCUGCAGCGCUUCACCGCGCGCCUCGAGCCGCUCGUCGCGCUGCGCCCGCUCGCCUCGCACGUCGCGCACCUCGCGAACGGAGUAAGCAAUCGGACUUAUCAAGCUUGAAUGAAUGUGUAUAAGAAGAAAUAAACAUGGAAAGGCAACCAACUUAAAUCUACAGGGGUUGCGAUGGUGACAGCUUAUAUACUUAAUGAGACUUGAUAUUUCCUUAUAUCUUUUUAAAGUGAAACUUCUUUAGAAUCGUUGUUGUUGCAAUAGAAAAAACAACAGGUAAGAGACACAAAUACAAAAAUAUAGAAUGAAGCCGGCAAAGAAUGAGACAGAAAUAUACAUACUAUUU